AUGGUUCUCGCUUGGGUUUUUAUCUUGCCAAUCGGCCGAAUUGCGAAACCGCGGGGGAAAACCACCUCAAGCGCCAGCUACCAGGUACUUCACCCAUUCCCAUCCAUGUCCGGACAAGAAUCUGCCCCGUAUACGCGACACGGAUACCAUGGCCAGGAGGGCCGCGAGUCUGGCGACAGCGGUCAUGGAACUGCCUCGCAAUCGUCUUCUUUUCGCAGCGACUCGUUUUCUACCGUAUGUGCUGAAGAGGGCUGCGCUCGAGCCGAUCAUUCCAAGGAGUACGGUAGAGAGAAUGACGAAUUCGAACAUCUACCGCUUUCAUCCGCGGACUUACCCGACACCACACUCAAGGCCAAGCUGACAGGGGUGGCAUCUCACAAAAUCUGGAAAUACCUGGAGCUUGGCUACAAGGUAGUAGAUCGCGUUAUCCUGCCCUUUGGAUUUAUCGCGCUGACUACCGGGAUUAUCACCUUUGCUCGCUUCUUUGAAGGACACGCUGUUUUUGGAGGCCUUGCACACUGGAUCAAGGGCGGAGUCUUCUUUUGGCUUGGCCUGUUCAAUCUCGGCCGAUGGUCAGGCAGCUUCGCUGAGCUCGGAUGGGCUUGGAAUCGUAGGCCGAGGACGUACGGUCGAAAGUUCCGCCCUUCUGCUGAGUUCAUGGAGAGCUCUCUUAUUCUUUUCUAUGGCUCGACCAAUAUUUUCCUCGAGCAUCUGGGCGGCUGGGGCGGCGCAUGGACUGCCCAGGAUCUUGAGCAUAUAGCAAUCACGGUGCUCUUCAUCGGAGGAGGCUUGUGCGGCAUGCUGAUUGAGUCAACCCGAAUUCGCGACUUGCUCAAUACCACUGCCACUGUCUUUCCGACUCAUUCUUAUUCCAGCGAAGAACCGGAACAUCUUGAGCCUCCGGAGACCUACGAGUUCUCGUUGAAUCCCAUCCCGGCCUUGGUCAUUCUUCUUUUGGGCAUCAUGAUGAGCUCUCAUCAUCAGGCAACGACGACAGCGAGCAUGGUUCAUAAGCAAUGGGGAACUCUGCUACUUUGGGCGUCGGUAGCGCGGGGCCUCACCUACGUAUUAUUCUAUCUCCGACCACCGAAAUCCAUUUUCCCAUCCCGCCCACCUACAGAGCUCCUCACUUCCUUCGGUCUCAUCGCUGGUGGCAUCCUUUUUUUGGCUAGUAGUGCGGAUACUGUGAAUGGCAUGAUUCAUUAUGACUUGGAUGCCAUGUUUCUCUAUACAGUUACCAUGGGGAUGGUUGGAAUGCUCAUGGCCUGGGAAGUUGCCGUCCUCGCAAUCAAGGGCUGGGCCGUACGGAGAGAGCUGGCCCUCAGCAGCUCGGCUCUUUGA